CCUCGGGAAAUCUCUGUCCCGCCCUAAGCUGUUUGUUUAAAUGGUUUACUCUCUUUUUUUUCCCCUUCAUUUUUUAUAAACUCAUUCUUUUCUUUAUAGAUAAACAGAAUUUGAGAGGUUAGUCGUACGGCUCACGCUUGUAGUCCCUGCGCUGUGAAGACUGAGGCAGUAGAAACAUUGGGCGUUAGAGGCCAGGUUUGGCUACAAAGUAAGACCCCCGCCUGCGCCACCACCGCCAGGCUGAGACCCCCCCCCCCAAUCUAAAACCAAAACAAACUCACAAAAACUACAUAAGUUUCAAGACUUCAAUCCCUCAUCUCUGACUCCAGAAUUCUGCUACCUUUACUCGUUAGUUGUGUAGAAUAUUGACAAAGUUACACGUCCUUUCAAAGACUUAAUCUCCUCACCUUUAACAUAAAGAGGCUGGGUGACAGAAUGGGCAGAGUAAGGCUGUGAAUCGCCACCUACAGACUAGAUAUAGUCUAGCCGAAUUCACUUAUGAGGAAGGCGACAGGCCAGAGAGAAGAAAUCAGGACAACACUUAACAACAGCUUAAGCAAGUAAGUCCCCUUGCUUCUCACCUAGUGCUCACUUCAUCGGUGCCUGCAGAAGCCACAAGAGGGCGUCAGAUCCCCUAGAACUGGGGUUAAAGCAAAUUUGCACCACCUGAGUGGGUACUGGGAACUCAAACGCAAAUCUCUACAAAGGAAGCAAGUGCACUUAACCUCUGAGUCAUCUUUCUAGCCCCUCAUCUAUGUUUGUAAUCUUAAAAUGCAUUUUAAUCAUUUUAAUUAUGUAUAUAUGUAUACACAGGCGUGCAGGAGCGAGACCACAACACAGCACCUGACAUGGGUGCUGGGAACAGAACUCGGAAACUCUGCAAGAGCAGUAUGGGCUCUAACAUAUGAGCCACCCUUUGGUCCCUACCUAUGAUUUUAAAAGUUCAAAUUAGUCUACUUAAAUUUAAAAUUCAAGAUACAUAAAAGUGGCUUCCAAUUUGGGGAGUUCUCAGGGUAUAUUGUGAAACAGACAUGGGAAGAUGUACAAUGAAUCUAUAAUGUUGCAAAGGGAAGGCAUACCCUGUAAUUUUUUUUUCUGAGAAAGGGUGUCUCCCUGUAGGGAGCCUGUCCUGCUCUGGAACUCGCUCUGUAGUCCAAGCUGGGAUUAAAGGCAUGCACCACCAUGCCCAGUGGUGUAUUUUUUUUAAAUAUAUUUAUUAUGUAUAUAGUGUUCUGUCUACAUGUAUGCCUACUGGUCAGGAGAGGGUGCCAAAUCUUAUUACAGAUGGUUUUGAAUGACCAUGUGGUUGCUGGGAAUUGAGCUCAGGACCUCUGGAAGAGCAAACAGUGCUCUUAACCACUGAGCCAUCUCUCCAGCCCCCAGUGGUGUAUUUAAAGAAGUAGUAUAAUGUAGUCCAGGCAGGCCUCCAAGUUCAUAUCUACCUGAGGUUUUCUUGAACUUCUGAUCUUCCUCUUUCUGUCUUCCCAGUGAAGUCAUUACAGGCAUGGCCUGUAAUGCAGGACAAUCAGACACGAUAGGGAGUCAAGUCAAAGCAGGAACUCAGUUUAUUACUGUGAGUGUCAGCUUAUAUAGGUUAAGUGACCUCGUGGGAUGCAGGGGUACCUCCAGCCAAUGAGAGACUGCCAAGCCCUUCCUCUGGUUGGAGGGGCAUCUACUUAGAUUUUGCUGUCUCAUCCUCACUCAGUUCCCUCAAACUCGAGCCAGGCUUUUCUCUGUCCUACAGGUCUUGAGAUUUUGGCCCAACAAAUCUCAGUUCUCCCGCUCCUCUCCUCCUGUACCCUUCACCUUCCCCCCCCCCCCCCCCCCCCCCCCCCCCCCCCCCCCCCCCCCCCCCCCCCCCCCCCCCCCCCCCCCCCCCCGUCUGCUUCUCAACUAAGUCUGUCCCAUCACCUUAUUGAGGCAGGACCCCACCCACCCAUCCACCAACCCCGUGCCUGUGCCUAAGCUGAGGAAAGUAUCUCUCCAUAGAGAAUGGGAUCCACAAAGUCAGUCCAUGCAUAAGGGCUAGAUCCUGGUCCCACUGCCAGUGGCCCCACACGCUGCCCAAGCCACACCAUUGUCACCUGCAUUCAGGGGGCCUAGUUCAGUCCUAUGCAGGUUCCCCAGUUGUCAGUAUGGAGUAAGUGGGCUCCCACUAGGUGGGGUCAACUGAUUCUGUGGGUUUCCCCAUCAUGGUCUUGACCCCUUUGUUCAUAUUAUCGCUCCUCCCUCUCUUUGACUGUACUCUGGGAGCUCGGCCCAAUGGUUAUUUGUGGAUCUCUGCAUCUGCUUCCAUCUGUUUCUGGAUAAGGGUUCUAGCUUCUCUGGGGUUGUGAACUGUAGUCUGGUUACCCUUUAUUUUAUGUCUGAUAUUAACUUAUGAAUGAGUAAACACUAUUUUCUCUUUCUGGGUCUGGGUCACCUCACUGAGGAUGUUUUUUUUCUAGUUCUGUCCAUUUGCCUGCAAUUUUUUUUUAAUUUUUCAAAACAGGAUUUCUCUGUAGCUUUUGGUGCCUGCCCUGUAACUCUAUAGCCUAGGCUGGCCUCAAACUCGCAGAGAUCCGUCUGUCUCUGCUUCCCAAGUGCUGGGAUUAAAGGCGUGUGCCACCACUGCUGCAAAUUUAAAGAUGUCAUUGUUUUUUUUUUUUUUUUUACCACUGUGUAGUACUCCUUUGUGUAAAUGUACCACAUUUUCUUUAUUGAUUCUUUGGUUGAGAGGCAUCUAGGUUGUUUCCAGGUUCUGGCUAUUAUGAAUAAUGCUGCUAUGAACAUAGUUGAGCAAAUGUCCAUGUGGUGUGAGCAUGCCUCCUUUGGAUAUAUGCCCAAAAGUGGAUAUUGUAAUGGAUGAAGUAAAAUGCUACAGAUCCCGAGUGGCUGCAGUGGCAGUGGGCAGCAGGUCCCAAGAGCAGCCAGUCCCAGGAAGGGACAGUGCAGUUCCCCCAAGUGACUGCAGUGGGCCACGUGGGGCAGCGAGUCAAGUCCCAUGAGGAAAGACAGACAGAUGGGCAAGCCAUGAGACCACGCAGCAGGUCUCUGAAGGCAGCUGGUCCCAGGCAGGGAGCCAUGUGGCAGGAGAGAGAGAGAGAGAGAGAGAGAGAGAGAGAGAGAGAGAGAGAGAGAGAGAGAGAACAGAAGCUGCUUCUUCUAAAGGGAGCCAGAUGGAAAAGGGAAGGACUCAGGCUGCAAGCUGAAGCUCAGAUUGCCUCAGCAAAAGGGGGGGGGGGAGUGGGCAUGGCUUGUCUCUUAAAGGGACAGGACAGAUCAUUACAGUAAUGAUAAGUUUUUUUAUAAUAGAGCUUAGAAUUUAUUGAGUAUACUAAACCUCAAGAUUUUUAUCAUUCUUGAAAGUUUUAGUUACCUCUUCUUUUAUUUUAAAGAAUUUUUAAUGAUGUAUUUAACUUUAUUUUUAUGUGUCAUGGUGUAAAGGUUUCAUAUCCUCUGGAACUGGAGUUACAGACAUUUGUGAACUGCCUUGUGGAAUUGAAUCUGGGUCUUCUGGAAGAGCAGUCACUACACUUAACCACCAAGCCAUCUCUCAAGCUUUAGUUACCUCUUCUAAUAUGGCUGCUGCGGUGUCAUUUUUCCUUCCUUUCUGAAAAUAUGAUUAGAGGCACACCAGUCAUGGAUUACUCAGUAACACACACACAAUACCUAAUAACUCACACUUGCUCACGCUUCAGAUGCCAGGCAUUAUGGUAAGUGGUUUACGUUCAUCUGUUCAGUCAUCACAAGAACCACGUAAAGCAAGAACUUUUCACAGAUAAGGAUAAACAGGAAUUCCUCACAGAUAAGGAACAGGAAAUAGGGAAAGAAUACUUUCCAAAGGUCAUAGAGAUAGCAAGCAGCAGCAAUAGAACAUGAGCCCUGAAAAUCUGGUUCCAUGAUACCAACUCUAAUGCUCUGAAAUCUUACAGCAAAGGAUUUUCCCUCUGUGCUUGAUGUUUAUGGGGGGGUGGGUCCUGGGGUUUUCUAUUGUUGUUAAUUGUUUCUUCAUCUCUGUAUAAACCAAGCAGGAUUUUUCAGACCAUUGAUUUUGUUUCUGGAAUCUUCUUCCAUCUGGCCCUUUGGACAGGUUUAUCAAGACAGAGUUUCUCUGUAGCUUUGGAACUUGUCCUGGAACUAGCUCUUGUAGGCCAGGCUGGUUUCAAACUCACAGAGAUCCACCUGCCUCUGUCUCCUGAGUAUUAGGAUUAAAGGAGUAUGCCACCAUCUCCCAGCUCAAGCUAAACUUUAUAAUAAUCAUUGGAACUACCUCAUUAUGAAGCACUUUGGUUAGUUUCUGAAUCAGCUGCUUCCCAUUGUAAAAAGAAGUUUACAUGAUCAAGGAUGAGAGCAGCACUAUUUGUUGCUGUUGUUGUUUUAAGACAUGAUACCUUGGUGUAGCCCUGGCUGACCUGGAAUGCACUCUGUAGACCAGGCUGGCCUCAGACUCCUAGAGACUUCCCUCUUCCUCUGGAGUGCUGGAAUGAAAGGUAUGCACCACCAUGCCCUGUUCUGCUGUGGCUGCUGUGCCUGCUUUUACUGUAUAAAUAAUUUUGGGUACCUCUCAGUAGACCAGGAUGGCCUCAAACUUGCAAUUCUGCCUCUGCCUCAAGUAGCUGAGAUUACAGUCAUGUCACCAUUCCCAGAUAUUUUUAAGUUUGUGAGCUCAAGUGUGUGUGUGUGUGUGUGUGUGUGUGUGUGUGUGUGUGUGUGUAGGGAUGUGGUGAGUUGGUUUGUUUUGUUUUGAGACAGGGUUUCUCUGUGUGGCCCUGGGUGUCCUAUAACCCACUGUAUAGACCACGCUGGCCUCAAACUCACAGAGAAUCACCUGUCUCUACCUCCCAAGUGCUGGAAUUAAUGGCACGAGCCACCACUCCUGGCUAUAUUCCUUGGUUUUGAGAUAAGGUCUCCCACGACCCAGGCUGAUCCUGAACUAAGUGCACAGUCAAGGAUGACCUUAAACUCCUGAUCCUUCUGCCCUUACAAGCACCUUACAAGUACUGGGACUGCAGGCAUAUGUCACCUCGCUCAGCUGUUUUCUAUAACUUUAGUGUUGCCUUUUCUUUCGUCUAACGGGUAUAUAGUAGUUUAUUUGGAAUGACUCGGGUUGGGAUGAAGCUCAGUUGGUAUUCACAAAGCCUUGGGUAGCGUCACAUGCUCACUAUUGCCAAGGUGUGCAAGAUGUUGGAGGUCAGAAGAUAACUCUCAGGAAUCAGUUUCCUACUUCCGUUGAGGGCUCCAGGCAUGGAACUAAGACCGAAUGGGUACAGCAAGAAUCAGAAGCUGAUUGACUGAUUAGAACUUUAGAAGUCAUUUGUUAGCAAUUUUGGUGUCUGACCCAAAAGCUCCUAACAGGCAAAACCUUUGGGACCUAUUAACAAAGCAGCCUAAUGACCCAGAGGCUGAAGAUGGCCUCAGAUCUGAAGCCUUUCCCAGGGGUUUCUUUGCUGUGGUCUGCCUACCUGAUGUUUCCACCAACGUACUUGAACUUACAUUGAUUUAUGACUUUUAUUGUUUUAUUAAUAUAAAAACUUACUGAAACUAAACUGGCUCUAGCAAUUGAGACGCAGAGGCAGGCAAAUCACUGUGAGUUCCAGGCCAGCCUGGUUUACAUAGGGAGUACCAGGACAGCCAGAGCUACAUAGAGAGAGUCUGUCUCAAAAAAACAAAACAAAACAAAACACACACAUAAACACACCCCAAAACCGAGACAAAAUAGAAAAGCCCUUCAUGAAACAGUUAUCACUUUGGAUCUUUGGAGCACGGGGUAUCCUGUUUUCCUGGGUUGUGUUCACUCAUAAUUGUUUCCAGUAAAACACUCUCAUUCCCUUUGCUUAGAAAAGUCAACAGUCAUUAAAUCUUUACAUUAUGAAGAAGCAGGAAACAGGUGAGUAAGUUCAAAGUCCCACUUCCUGGCUGCUCUCUCACUCAUUUUUCUUGUAAGCAUGUGUGUCCUAACCACCCUUACUAUGCUUUGUCAGAAAGGAAAAACCCAUCAGGCACUUCCUCUUCUGUACUCUCGCUGAACAAAGACGUUUGGAUCAACAGGAGCAGCCUUGCUGUCAAACUAAAAGGAGAGAGAGAGAAACUUACUUUUAAAAUGACUUUCCUUCAUCCUUCAAGAGGAAAGCAACUGGACUGCUUGACCAGUUUCUUAGGAUAAACACCAGCUUCAUGGGAAGGAGACAUCUUUGGCAUUCCCAUUUGGAAAAAAAAAUCUACUGAGAUCUAGAAAAGUUGGAGCGCUUUGACUGAGAACAAUGAACUUCAUAAAGGAGAACAGUCAAUCCCUCAUUCAGAGGAUGAACAUCAUAGUUACCAAGCAAAUCUCAGACGAUCUGUUUGCACGAAGCGUUCUCAACUAUGAAGAAGUCGCCAAUAUUUGCUGUAAGAAGGUAGAUCAGGACGCUGCACGAGAAAUCAUUCAUAUGAUUCUGAAGAAGGGCUCAGAGGCCUGCAGCCUCUUUCUUAAGUAUCUUGAGAAGUGGGACUCUACUAUGUAUCAGGACUUAACUGGACAAAGUAUUUUUCAUCAGAACACAGAUGAAGACUUGAAUGUCCUGGCUCAGAAUUUAAAAUACUUAUAUGACAGCCCUGCCUUUCUGAACUUCUACCCCCUGGGUCAAGAUAUCGACAUCAUUUUUAAUCUGAAGCGCACCUUCACAGAACCUGUCCUGUGGAGGAAGGACCAUCGUCAUCACCGUGUGGAGCAGCUAACCCUGGGCAGUCUUUUGGAGGCUCUCCAGAGCCCCUGCCUCAUUGAAGGGGAGUCUGGCAAAGGGAAAUCCACCCUGCUACAGAGAAUUGCCAUGCUCUGGGCCUCUGGGGAGUGCAAAGCUCUGAACAGGUUCAAACUGGUCUUCUUUGUCCGCCUGAGCAGUGCCGGCUGCGGACUGUUUGAAACAGUGUGUGAUCAGCUCCUGACUGUACCCGACUCCAUUAGCAAGUCAGGGUUCAUGGCUAUGCUGGUGAAACUGCAGCAGAAAGUCCUCUUUCUCCUCGAUGGUUACAACGAAUUCCAGGCCCAAAACUGCCAAGAAAUCGAAGACCUGAUAAAGCAAAACCAUCGUUUUAAGAACAUGGUCAUUGUCACCACCACCACCGAGUGCCUGAGACACAUCAGACACGUUGGCGCCUUGACUGCCGAGGUUGGGGAUAUGACAGGAGACAGUGCCCAGCUUCUCAUCCAAGAAGUACUGAUAAAGGAGCUGGCUGACGGUCUGUUAUCCCAGAUCCAGGUGUCCAAGUGCUUGAGAAAUCUGAUGAAGACCCCUCUCUUUGUGGUGAUCACCUGUGCAAUCCAGAUGGGCAGGAAGGAAUUCAAAGAUUACACACAAACCACGCUGUUCCAGACUUUCUACGACCUCCUGAUAAAGAAAAACAAACAUAGACACAGAGGUGGGGCUGAGAGUGAUUUUGUCAGGAGCCUAGACUGCUGUGGAGACCUGGCCCUGGAGGGCGUGUUCUCCCACAGGUUUGCCUUUGAGCCUGAGGAUCUGUCCAGCAUGAACGAGGAUGUCCUGGUGGCCACUGGGCUCCUCUGUAAGUACACAGCUCAGAGGCUGACAGCCAAGUAUAAAUUCUUUCAUAAAUCAUUCCAAGAGUACACAGCAGGACGCAGACUUAGCAGCUUGUUGAUUUCCAGAGAACCGGCCGAGGUGAGCAAGGGGAAUGAGUAUCUGCAGAGAAUGGUUUCCAUCUCCGACAUCACAUCCCUGUACGGCAAUCUGCUCCUCUACACGUGUGGGUCGUCCACAGAAGCCACCAGGGUUGUCUUGAGGCACCUUGCACUGGUGGCUGAGCAUGGCAGCUUACAAGGGCUUUCUGUCCCCAGGAGGCCUCUCUGGAGGCAGGAAUCUCUACAGAGCAUGAGAGACACCACUGAGCAAGAUCAUCUGAAAGCCAAGAAUGUAAAUUCUUUUGUGGAGUGUGGCAUCAAUUUAUUCUCUGAGAGCAUAUCUAAAGCAGCGCUGAGCCAAGAAUUUGAAGCUUUCUUUACCGGUAAAAGUUUAUUCAUCGACUCAGAGAACAUUCCUGAUUACUUAUUUGACUUCUUUGAACAAUUACCCAAUUGUGUAAGCGCACUGGACUUCGUGAAGCUGGACUUCUAUGGAAGGGCUACCGCUUCCCAGGACAAGGCUGUCGAGAACAACCCUGGAGUCCACCUGGAAGGCCCCUCAGAAACCUACAUUCCCAGCAGGGCUGUGUCUUUGUUCUUCAACUGGAAGCAGGAAUUCAAGACUCUAGAGGUCACUCUCCGGGAUAUCAGCAAGUUGGAUAAACAAGACAUCAAACAUCUGGGGAAGAUAUUCAGCUCCGCCACCAACCUUCGGUUGUACAUCAAGAGAUGUGCGGCUGUGGCUGGAAGUCUCAGCUCAGUCCUCCGGACUUGCAAGAACAUCUAUUCCCUGGCUGUGGAAGCCAGUGCCCUCACCGUCGAGGAUGAGCAGCACAUCACGUCUGUGACAAACCUCCAGAACCUGAGCAUCCACAACUUGCAGACUCAGGGGCUGCCAGGUGGUCUGACUGACAGCUUGGGUAAUCUGAAGAACCUUGUGAAGCUCGUCCUGGACAACAUUGGGAUGAAGGAGGAAGAUGCUAAAAACCUAGCCAAAGGUCUGGGAAACCUGAAGAAGAUGAGCUUAUUUCAUUUGACUCGUUUGUCUGAUAUCGGGGAGGGGAUGGACUCCAUAAUUGAGUCUCUGUCGGGAGAACCCUGUGACCUGCAAGAGAUGAAGCUGGUGGCCUGCUGUCUGACGGCGAAUUCUGUGAAAACCCUAGCACAGAAUCUUCACAAUUUGGUCAAGCUGAACGUUCUCGAUAUAUCAGAAAACUACCUGGGAAAGGAUGGAAGUGAAGCUGUACAGGAACUGAUUGGCAGGCUCAGCAUUCUGACACAGCUAACCACACUGAUGCUGCCGUGGGGUACGGAUGUGAUCAUCACCCUGCCCAGCCUGCUGAAGCAGCUGCAGGUGGUCCCAGGGCUCCUCAAGCUUGGACUGAAAAACUGGAGACUCGGGGACGCAGAGAUCAGAAGUAUAGGUGACUUUCUGGAGAUGAAUCCUCUGAGAAACCUGCAGCAGUUGGAUUUAGCGGGAAAUCGUGUGAGCAGUGAUGGAUGGCUUUCCUUCAUGAACGCAUUUGAGAACUUUAGACAAUUAGUAUUUUUUGACUUUAGUACUGAAGAAUUUUUACCAGAUGCUUCAUUGGUGAGAAAACUUAGUCAAGUAUUAUCAAAGUUACCUGUUCUGCAAGAAGCUAGGCUCACUGGGUGGGAGUUGGACGACUAUGACCUCAGUAUCAUUAAAGGCACUUUUAAGCUAUUAAUUGAUUAAGGGAACCCAAAGCCACCAAGUACCUCAGAGACUCCUUCACUUUUAGUGGAUGAUAAAAAAAUUCUUGGAGAAAGGGACUGGAGACGGCUCAGUGGUUAGAAGCCCUGGCUGCUCUUCCAGAGGACUUGAGUUUUGAUUCCUGACACUCACAAGGUAGCUCAUAACCAUCUGUCUCUAGCUCCAGGGGAUACAACACUGUCUUCUACCUCCCUGGGUAUCAGGCAGGCAAGUGAUGCACAUAAGCAUGCAAGCGAAACACUCAUACACACACAAUAAAAUUUAAAAAUCCUUAAAAAGAAUCUUAGAGAAGGAAGUCCAACAUGACAAAGAAGAGGGAGGGGUUUGGCCUCAUCUGCACUUAGGACUAACUGGAUGUCCUUCGCCUGCUGUGCACGUUCCUGUUACUUGGCCCUAAGAAUUCAGGGUCACAACCUGAUAUACCAUGCUCCUCUGUACUCAGUACGGCACCUGGCCUAUACAGAACUCAGCGAGUCCUGGAUGGAUAUGUGACAACUAAAUUACUAAUAAAUAAGCCAAAACUGUCUAGAGAAUAAGCUUCAUACGUGCUACUUAAUUACCUGGCUUACUGCAAACACUGUGGAGUGAACAGAGAACCUUCUCACAUGAGACAUUACCAGACUUGAAAGGCACGUGUUCCGUAAAACAAACACUCAUCUGUAUGUGCGAGUGGCAAUCAUCUGUCCUAUUGCAAAAGCACAGGCUUUGUUAAAAUUAAUAAAAAGGGAGGAACUGUAUUGGCCAAAAAAUGCAGGCCCAUUUCCACCCUGUCUGCCGGUCAGAGGGUUUGGAGACUGACAGGCGUAAUUGCACCUCCUCAGUCAGGAGGUGGUGCCUAGCUCUUUGGAAAUUAAGACAGCUCAGUGCCAUCCUGAGGGCUGGUCAGGAUAUGCAAAUGUAUUUCUGCUCCUUUCUCAGUAACUAUGAGGUCACCUGGGAAAGGGCGGUCUUCAAAAUAGGGACCGAGAGCACCUCAGCAACCAAGAUGACAAAAUGCUAAUGAUUUGAUGUUUCAGAGAGGUAAGGCCAUUGACUGUGUGAGUUAUCCUUUUGUAUCAUGUUAAUAAAGGCUUUUGUUACCUUCUCCCGCAGUUUAGGUUGGGUUUAAAGGCUAUAGAAAAAUAAACACGGGUAAAUUUCAGGAUUUCAGUCACUGGAAUGCCCUCCUGAUACUUUCUAUGUUUUCUGUCUUAUUAUUUUUAUGCAUCAUAAUCUUUACUUAUAUUUCUUCAAUUCCCAUGCCUCUACCCUGGUAAGAAAUGUUUUUGUUGAGGCCGGUCCUCGACAUCCAGUCAUCGGGCUUUGUGGUAAUAAGUGUCUUUAUCUGCUAAGCCAUCCACCAGUCCCAAAUGGGCAUCUGUGGUCAAGUAAAAAUUGACAGUUCAAAAGCAGCGCAACCUACUGGGUGGUGGUGGCGCACUUUAAUCCCAGCACUCGGGAGGCAGAUCUGAGUUCGAGGGCAGCCUGGUCUACAGAGUGAGUUCUAAGACAGCCAGAGCUGUUAUAGAGAAACCCUGUCUGGAAAACACGCAUACACAUGCACAGACACACAAAAGCAGCUCAGCCAGAGGCUUGAAACUCAGGAUGUCUCCCAGGAGAUCAUUGUAUGUAAUUCCAACUAUGACCUCAGAAGUUAAAGAGGGAAGGAAAACUGUAUUCUUUUCUUUUAUACCUUGCUCUAAUCUCUGUACCCCACAGAACUAUGGGGGAUCCCCUGCUCUAAUCUCUGUACCCCACAGAACUAUGGGGGAUCCCCUGCUCUAAUCUCUGUACCCCACAGAACUAUGAGGGAUACCGUGCUCUAAUCUUUUGUCUACCACCUUCCAAAAUAACCCUUUCCCACAAAGGAAAAAGAAAAAAAAAUGUCUAAAGAUGUAAACACAGAACAGUCUGGGGGUAGCGGGGACGAAACACGAGAACCGCGUUAGCCUGGAGUUCAUUCUCUGCUCCAUGGCACCUCGGGGCGCUGGUCUGUAAGUUACGCUCACUGUUAAAUAAAAAGUUCUUGGUAUAAUAUCUACUUAGCAAUUGGACACAUCUUGUGCACUUUUAAUUAUAUAAAAUUUUAAACCCAAUCAUUAAAAAAUCAACUAAUUCUUUCCCCUCCCUCCCUAACUGUGCAAAUGAGAAAUGGUUACAAAACUAUUGAUAUAUAAGAAUGCCAAGAUUGGGAUAAAAGUCUUUUAUCCAUUAUUAAGUCUGUUAAAAAUAUCUUGACUAAAAUAUCCAAUUUUACAACAAAAAAAUAUAUUUAAGCCAGGCAGUGGUGGUGCAUGCCUUUAAUCCCAGCACUUAGGUGGCAGAGGCAGGUGGAUCUCUGUGAGCUUGAGGCCAGCCUAAGUGAGUUCCAGGACAGCCAGGACUACACAAAAAGAAUCUGUCUUAAAAAACUAAACAAAACAAAU